AGGAUACAACGACUUCAUCACAAACUACGAUAUGAGGCCUACGCAAUCAUUGUUCAGGCGGCUUCGGCGCCUUGCGCUUACAACGAAGCAAGCCAACAAGGGAUUCUACAAAGGAACGGGAACUGGCUCCACUGGUCGCCAUACCAAACACGGUGGAUAUGUUAUCGAAUGGGAGAAGGUGCGGACAUAUGUUGUGCCAGAGGGCCUCAAAGAAUUUACCCUCACACCUUUCGUUACUCGCAAUAUGAAGCCGACACGUGGCCGGUUUGAAGGAGACCCAAAGGGCGCGUUAAGUGGAGAGGCAUAUCUCGCUCGAUGGAAGACAGAGAACGGCGAAGAUUAAGAUACAUCAAUCACAUUGUCGUGCGAGAUCUAAGGCGACAAUCGAGCAAAGAAUGCAGCAAGUUUGAUUCUGCGCGAAAUGGCGGCAAUGGCGCCGAGAAAGGGGAGGGAGGGAUAUUUGUACGGGAUAUUUGUACGACUAUAGCAUAUGUUGCAGGAGUUCGGGAGCAUCAUCUGGUGCAGAUAAUUCAAGAGCCACAUGCCAUUAUUUUGAGCGUUAGGUCUAGAAUAGAUGAGACAUGUAUAUAAAUCUGAUGUACAACAAUAAUAGGUCUAAAUAAGCUACCGGAAGGAGCCACACUAGAUUAG